GACCGUACAUGGUUGUAAUUAUCAAAAUCACUCGAUAAUAGAUGCGCUAGAUGCAACAUCCUGGGCUUUUAAAUUUGUCAAACCGCCUAUUUUAACGCAGUCUGUAUGGAGGCUUCGAUAACGUAUGGUUAUAAAAUGCCGUCCCAAUUUUUAGUUUUGUUGAUCGUUCUGAAAACGGUUUCAUCUCAAAUAAAUGGCGAAUUUUGGUGGCUUAAUGAAAAAUUCACGAAGUUGCAGCAGGUUGUGCCACCAUCACCAACAUUCGAAGACACGGGAGAUUUGGAAACCGAUGAAAGUGUUAAAAUUAUUUUUAAAGAUGUCACAGAGGAUAUUGAUAAAAAUAUAAACUUUUCUCUCAACGAAGGUGAGGUUUUUCCCGAAUUUAUUCUCUAUAACUUAACUAAAUCCCCGAUUGUGGGUGAAGGAAAUGUCGCCAGUGAGAAAAAUACAACGAAUAAUACCGAUGAAGACUUCACAGUUAAUUCUAUUCAAUCCAAGAAAAAGAUGAAGAAAGAUUUUCGGCCAGAAGCAAGCAAUAUGUUUUAUAAACCGAAGAAUGAUAAAAAAAAUAAUUUGAAAUAUGGUGUAACAUAUCCAGGUUUAAUUUAUUAUAAAUUAGCAAAACCUACUGCCAUUAAAAAUAAGGAUAUGAGUAGUUACAAGAAUAAAAUAUUUUUUGCCGAUAGCGAAAGAAACAAGGAAAGUUUAAAACAACUUAAUUCGUCUGAUACGAAAAAAUUUUAUAGAACUCCAAACAGCGGCGAUGAAUUCAAAUUUAUUUUUCCUGGUGAUAAUGAAUACUUCCGAGACAAAAAACCUCUUAGCGACGAAAGUUUAAAUAACAUUUUAAACAUAACUCAUACAAAAAUCGAUGGUAACAAUAGUGAGAAUUUUAAUAAAAUGAAUAAAACUGUAUAUUCAGGAAAAAUUGCCAUAAAUGAUAAAAUUGACUUCGAUGAAGAUAAACCGACAAUAGAAUCUGAAAGUAUUUGCACGUUUAUUACAAAACAUGAAUGCUUACGCAACAAGGGCACUGUUCACAUGUCUGGAUUAUGUCCCUUGAAUUCUUUUCAUAAUUAUCACAGAAUUUGCUGUAUACUUCCUCUUUUUCCAUAUCCCAAACAAUUACACCCAAGCGACAUCCUCAAUGGAAGCCGGUACAAACGAUCUAAUGAUGAUGAAAUCAGUCCAGCGCUCAAACAAAGAAACGCUUUGCUGCAGCGAAAAAAUUUCUCCCAGGCGCUUAAAAAUAACCACGAUCCUACAACAGAUCAAUCUAGAAACCAAAAAAUUGUAACUCCUAGUGAUAACGUGGAUCCGUAUUGGAAUGUUAAAAACUUUAAAUUUCGUCAACAAAAUAAUUUUAAUGAAAACAAGGAUCGUGAAAAUACAAAAAUCGACUCAAGUAGUAAAGAUUAUUCAGAUGAUUAUACAGCAGAGGUACCUAAACCUGGACUUUUAGGUGCUUAUACAGAACGUGAUGAACGUCUUACUACUUGGAAAAUGAGAAAUAAAGCCUACUCAUACGACGGCUAUGACGAAAUAAGCGAGGAAGAUAGCGGAGAAACUGACAUGCCGUUCGGGUACUCAACGUUUGAUCCAAGACAAGGUAAUCGCAAGAAAAAUUCUAGAAGCAAAAAACGUAAACCCCAAAGGCUAAUGUUAACAUCAACAGAAGAGAACAAAGGAUCAGAGAGCCAGACUAUAAAUUUUCAUUCGAGGCCGGAUUUUCAUGUACUACAUGGUUUUAAACUUGUUAAUUUAUCAGGGAAUAAAAAUAGAUUUGUUAGAACUACCACAGAAACUUUAUGUGACAGCCAGGAUACUUCCAACGAAAAUACAUUUCCAGAGGUCGAAAAUCCGGAUGAUAUUUACGACGACACGAUUGAUUUAGAUCAGCAAGUUUACAAAGAUUGUGGAAAUAGUGUUACCAACGCUUUCAAUAGCGAUUUUAGAAAAUCACAUGAAGAAAAAAACCCUUGGCUCGCUCUGGUCGUGUUAACAAAAAGUCCACAGACAAUAUUAUGUUAUGCCACAAUAGUACAUCCGCGCGCAGUCAUUACAGCUGCCGAAUGUGUCCAGGGUAAAAUCCCUGGGGACGUAACUGUACUAACUGGUGUAUGGCAACUAAGGAAAGACAAAGCAGUACCACAACACCGUAUGGCCUCGGUCUACAUUGUUUCUGACUAUAAACCUGGAGAACUUGUUAAUGAUCUUGCUCUUCUGUAUUGGAAACGACCAUUACAACUGGCAGAGAACGUUCAGCCCGCAUGCCUCGCGGAUCCGCACGUCGGAGACGAGUGUUAUUUCGUUGGGUGGGGUGGUUACGAUCAAGGUUUAAGUCAUCACCCUGACUCUCAACAAGCGACUAUACUCACGCCUCGUGUGUGUAACGAGAAAUUAUCAUCACCAGAGCUGCUUCUACCCCCAGGCGCGUUCUGUGCUUCAGUUGAAUCACGUGGCACUGUAACCGGUAUUGGAGGUGCUCUUCUAUGUAAAGGCGCGGGUAGUCGAACAUCUGUCGUUGGAGUGGCGGUGUAUCGUGACAGUAUAGUUGUCUUACUACCCACAUUUGAAUGGGUCCUCUCGGCGUUGCGACACCAGCAAAUAAUUUAAA